AUGGAACACGACUCGACAGGAGUGUGUAACAGCUUCACUGAGUUGAUGUACAUCAAACGUGACGAUCUUCGUGAGAAAAUAAUCGCAGCAGCUGAUGGGCUCACGCUGUACUUGGAAAUGAAGGCGGUUGUUUGUCUAGAGAGGGAACGAUUUGAG